UUCUUUGCAAGCUGCAAAUAUUAAAGGACCAUUGUCUCCCAGUGACAUCAACUCAGAUUUUGACCAGUUAACUGAAUAUACAGAACUCUGGGACUUGAACAGAACAUCAGUCUUUCAUAGUCCAUCUGGAUACCUUGGUCUUCAUGUAAUGCUUCUGGAUGAGUAUCAAGAUCGACUCUUUGUGGGAGGAAAGAACCUGGUUUAUUCCCUCAGUCUAGACCAAGUCAGUGAGGAUUACAAAGAGAUUCAUUGGCCUAGUACAUCUGUGCAAACAGAGGAAUGCAAACUCAAAGGAAGAUAUGCUGAAGAGUGUGCAAAUUACAUCCGUGUCCUGCAUCGGUACAACAGAACACAUCUCCUAGCCUGUGGGACGGGAGCCUUUGAUCCCACCUGUGCUUUUAUCAGAGUUGGCCAUCAAUCGGAGGAGGAAUGUGGCCUGGCUGUAUUUGCUUCCAUUGUGCAGACUUUUUGCUCUUUUGAGGACCAGUUCAACAUUAUGAUAUUUUACAAAAUUACACUGAAAAUAGUCACCAUUGUCAUGGAAAGUUUUGAUUUUUCUCAUGAUGAAAUGUAUAGCAAUUGUGUCAGUAUAUCUAACUCUGAACAGGGCGAGUGUGGAUCAAAAAUACACGCAGUGCGAUUAGGAACAGAAGGGACAUUUUUUCUGUGA